UCUCUUCUCCCUUAUCUCUCAGCUUUGAGCUUCUCUCUCAACGAAAGAACUCCAGCUUCUCAAUUCUAUUAAUCAUAAUACGCCGGCAUUUUCGAUUCUUAACUCUUGUUCUGUCUUUAUCAUCAUUACUAAAUCAUGCAAGCCGCUACGUCGUGUGAUCUCAAGUUCCGAUCAACAACUCCGACAGCUAGGAGGAACAAACGUUUCUCCCACGCGAUUCCAAAGCGCGUGUCUGUUACUUGCGGUUAUAGGUCGGAGUCGUUUAGCUUCCCGAACGGUGUCUCCGUGAACCGAGCUGAUUGGCAAAGCUCAUGUGCCAUUUUAUCUAGCAAAGUUGCUUCCGUUGAAAACUCCGGCGGUUUAGCCGACAAAAUCGCCGCCGUUAACGGUCACACGAACGGCUCCGUCAAUCUUGGUAUCGUCGCGGUUGAGUCGACUAACGGGAAAUUAGCUCCGGUGCCGGUUCAGCCGUUGACGAUUACUGAUUUAUCUCCGGCACCGUUGCAUGGUUCUAGUCUCCGUGUAGCUUACCAGGGAGUUCCCGGCGCGUACUCGGAAGCAGCCGCCGGAAAAGCUUAUCCUAAUUGCGACGCUAUUCCUUGUGACCAGUUCGACGUUGCUUUUCAGGCGGUGGAGCUUUGGAUCGCUGAUAGAGCCGUGCUUCCGGUGGAGAACUCACUCGGUGGUUCGAUUCAUCGGAACUAUGAUCUUCUCCUCCGUCACCGUCUCCACAUCGUCGGUGAAGUUCAGAUUCCGGUUCACCAUUGCCUCCUCGCACUCCCCGGAGUCAGAACGGCUUGCGUUUCGCGAGUGAUUUCUCAUCCGCAAGCCUUGGCUCAGACGGAACACUCUCUCGACGUCCUUACACCACAUGCAGCGCGUGAGGCUUUCCACGACACAGCGGCUGCUGCAGAAUACAUCGCAGCUAACAACCUUCACGACACGGCAGCUGUGGCUAGCUCACGCGCUGCCGAGCUCUACAACCUCCAGAUAUUGGCAGACGGUAUCCAAGACGAUCCCGGGAACGUCACACGCUUCCUAAUGCUAGCGCGUGAGCCUAUAAUCCCACGCACUGACCGGCCGUUCAAGACGAGCAUCGUCUUUGCUGCACAAGAGCACAAAGGAACCAGCGUUCUCUUCAAAGUCCUCUCGGCCUUUGCUUUCAGAGACAUUAGCUUGACCAAGAUCGAGUCGCGGCCUCACCACAACCGCCCACUCAGGGUCGUUGGCGACGGGAGCUUUGGCACGGCCAAGAACUUCGAGUACAUGUUUUAUGUUGAUUUUGAGGCGUCGAUGGCGGAGCCGCGUGCACAGAACGCGCUUGCGGAGGUUCAAGAGUACACGUCGUUCUUAAGAGUGCUGGGAAGUUACCCCAUGGAUAUGACACCAUGGUCCAUGACAUCCACCGAAGACGCAUGACCCCAUCGUUAAAGAAAAAAAAAAAAAAAAAAAACCAAUAAGUUUAUUAAAUUAUUAUGUAUUUUUUGUUGUUGUGAAAAUUGUGGUAUAUACUAAAAUGAGACCGUAAAUGUAGAGCUCAUUAUUCACGUGGUGAUUAGGAGAAGAAAACAAUUUAUUUUAUUUGUCUGUUACGAUAUUACCAGAUCUCUUACUUUUUAGUAGUGAUGAACAUUAAGGUUCGCAGAAUCUUUUAUUGAAGAGUUCCUUUGAUUUUAUUUUGUAACUUCACUCAAUUUUAAUCAAGAAAAGCAAAGAAUAUUGG